GUCACGAGACUUCAAGACAUUGCGACCGAGUCAAAGCACUGGAUUGUUGGCGCCUGGUGCUGUCUCGUUGCGUUGCCUUUUAUACGGUCAUGUUGCACCAAAAAAGCUGGCGCUCUGGGUGAAAUGGUGAAUCGCACUUAGAGACACCGACGAUUUCCUAUUAUGAUUUUUUCUUUUCUUCUUUUGACCUGCUCUGACUUGGUCGAAUCUCGUCUCUUUAAGGGGCAAUCUGGCAGCAUUUUCCUCUCUAAUGACGCGGGGCUUGAUGGAAGUCGUUGCAGUGCAGCUGUGUUGGCCUUUGUAAUGUGGUUUGAUUACUGCUCGGCGUGCAUUUCCCACAGUGUCUUCUCACCUCGGCUCGUGGAUCCUCGCAAUAUACCCUUUUCGGCAUACUCAAGUACAUGGUUGGAGGUUUUCGUGCAGCUCGGCUCGCAUUUCGAGGUGGUGGAUCAAUGGAAUAGAUGCUCAAAACAGGCCUUGAUGAAGUCGCAAACUCAGUUUUUAUGUCUGCACACAUGCGCCUUGCGGUUGGUCAUUGUUUUUAACAAAUACAACUUGCGUUGAUAACUAUUUGUUUUCCUCAUUCCGCCAUACUAAAAUUGACACGAAAGUCGUUCAAGAGCAGGCACUCUUUAACUGUACACAUGACGUCCCUUCAAAUAUGUAUAUAGGACAAUCAAGGGUCAUCAUGUUCACUAGGCUCCUCAAUCUAGAUGUACAUACAUAUAC